UGCAGUUUGAUCAGUGCUUUUACAGACGGAAGACGAUGGAGAAGGUCAUGCUCUUUUGUGUUUUUUUGUACAGGAUUAUUCAGAUCACUUCUAGCGAUAUUUCAGAACAUGAUGUGACUCUGUUACGAUUCCGGCUGAAUGGAAAUAUCAGUCUGAACUGCAAUACGACCGACAAAAUCAGAAUGUCCUGGUAUCACCAGAAUCCUGAUACUGGACGACUAACACUACUGCUAUAUGCUUUCUAUAAAAUGUAUACAAGCUAUCAAAGCCAUCGCAUGACAUUUAUGGGAAACGUUGGGACCACCACAGCCUCACUAGUUAUUACUGAUCUAACGGAGUCAGAUGCAGGUCUUUAUUUCUGUGGAACAUCAAUGCAUUCAGAUGUAAUGAACUUUGACAAACCCAUCAGACUAGUGAUGGAGGACAAAGAGGACAAAGUUCAUUCCGUCACAGAACCUCCAGAGGAUGUUGAGAUCACAGCCUCUACAGUCGCGGUGAUGCUGACGGAGCGUGUGAUGAUAUUCAGUGGUGUUGGUCUGGCUGUGUUUGUGUUUUUUCUGGCUACAGUCAUUGCAGGAGGAAUCAUUCACUUUUACGGUUGGCAGAAAGGAUGGACCGCAGCCAAACGUGCUGGUCUGACUGAUUGAAAAAAAAACUAAAUGACACUAAAUUUGUGUGCUUUACUCUAUCACAAUAAUCAGCAUUGUUGUAUGUUACCACCGAUGGUGGCUCACCAAUGUGACUCAGAUCUCACUUAGACUUCUGUUGUGGCAAAGCUCUCGAGGAGCAUUAAAGUGCCCCUUUUAUGCUAUUUGAAAGGUUCAUAAUUUGUUUUUGAGAGGUCUCAAUAGGUUUAAAUGCAUGCAAGAUCAAAAAAACAUGCACUUUCAUUAACUCUUUUGUGCGUGUGCAAUAUUAAACAAUUUGUUUGAAGAUUCAUAUUUCCAAACCCCUCCUUUGUGUGAGGCUGAUCUGCUCUGAUUGUUCAGAUAUGUGACCUUGGAGCACAAAACCAGUCAUAAGUAGCUCAGGUAUAUUUGUAGCAAAAGCCAAAAAUACAUUGUAUGGGUCAAAAUGAUCGAUUAUGCAAAUGUGGUAACUUGUGACGUGUGAACAAAUGACUCGUUUCAGCAAUUCAGAGUCCACUCUUUCUUUUGAGAGACAAUAACUUUAUGAUGCACUUGCAGCUUUACAACUUUGCAGACUGUUUACAUUCACAUACUAAAUUACACACAUAACAUUACACACUGCAUGAAAGGUGAUUUUCAAAAAUCCAUAAUAGGGGCACUUUAAAAUGUACAUUUAAGCUCAAGAGAAAAUAUAAAUGCCAUCUGUUUUAUGGUACAUAAAGCUUGUCUGAUCAAAUAAAGAGCAUUAAAACUAAGAAAUCACACAUGUUUGUGCAUUGACAGAAAACCUGAUUAUUAGCAAUGCUAAACCUCUUCAAACACAACUGUAUACAGUAUAUGAAAUGAUGCCAGAUCUGUUCUCACAGUUUCAGAAAAAACAAAAAAUGGUUUCACAUCAUUUCACAAUGAACAUUCAUGACUGACUACAAUAAGAUUCUCAGAACUAAAUUUGCAUUUGCGAAUUAUAAUGAAGUGUAGACAUGAUGUAAAAAAGAGAUUCAUUGUGCAACAAGGGUUGGAAAUUAAUGAGGGCUUGUGGCAAAAAUGCCCCACAAAUUCAAGACAAAGGGGCGAAAAUUGUGUCACAAAAUGGUCUCAAACAAGAAGACCCAAUUGCAGCUUUUCAGUCCAAAAACAAUAAUCCACAUCAGGGCAAAAGCAGAAAAAUGUAACCCACAAGAACAGAAAACAGUACUGAUGCAAACAAGGGCUUACAGAACAUGGUAUAUAUAGGAAUUAAUAAGACUAAUGACACACAGCUGGAAACUAUGGGUACUAAUAGACAGAGCAAAGGAUGAUGGGAAAUGAAGUCCAGAGCUGACAAACUAUAACCCAGAAGAAGUGCCCUCUGGUGGCCGUUAUAGGCACUCCAGCAGAUGGCUGUGACAAAUUUCCUCUGCACAACUGAACAAUGUAUUACGGCUGUCAUUAAAAUGAAAUGUGCAAAUGAAUGAAAAGUAUUCACUCACACUGCAUCAGAUUGCUUUUUACGUGCUGUUUUUUUCUUCUUCUUUUUUGCAUCACAGUGUAAAAGUAUUAAGUACUCCUUUUCAAUUUUAUUUGGGCAAAAGUACUUGAUUUUUAAUGUACUUAAGUAUUAAAAAAAAUAGGCCUACUGAUUGAUAAAAGUUUAUUUAUUUAGCAAUUCUAUCCUCCUGAGAAAAAUACA